AUGAAGAAAUAUUUUUUACUUAAAUAUGCCAUUUUGUUUUAUUUUCUUAUUUUUCCAAUAUUGAUUUAUGUGGGAAGUGAAGAAAAUAAUCAAAGCAAAAUAGACAACCUAAAUGAGAAUAGUCGACUAGCUUUUUUUUUAUUAAUACAAUUAAAAGUUCCAUAUUUGUUGGAAAAAUUUACACAAAGUAUAAAAUAUGAAAAAGUUAUUGAUGCUAUUAUUUAUUUAUAUAACGAAGAGCUAGCCAAACCUGAUGUUGUAAAAAAACAAAACAGCUAUUCUAUUCAAGAUAUAAAAAAUGUUGUGCAAGGGUUGCAGAACAUACGAGCAGAUAUAAAAAAUGGAGAUACUAAAUACUUCAAUUGGAUGAACUUAAUUUAUAAAGAAUGUUGGAAUGAUGAAAAUUAUUGCCAUAUGUUAACAUCAGAAAAAUGCUCGUUAGCUGUUUUUAAAACAUUACCUUCAAGCAAACUCCCAAUAACAUGUAUAAGUUGUAUGAUAUAUGCAAUGAAUUAUGCUCUACAUUCUGAAUAUUUGUUUAAAGUAUUUUCUAGUAUUGUAGUUUGUAAUAAGGCAGACAAUUUAAAAUUAUUAAGCUUAAGUAAUGACAUUGGCUUAAUAAGAGAAUAUCGAAUUUAUUUAAAUUUUUUAAAUAAAAAUGAACUUUUAAAAAAUAUACAAAGCGAAAUAAUAAUUUUGAAUAUAAAAAACUCUAGUCGUUUAAUUAAUUUAUUAACAAAUAAUAUGGAAGAAAAUAAUAAAAUAAAUGUAACAUUUAGAAAUAUAAUAAAUGAAUCUAUGUCCGAAAUUAUAAAAAAUGGAAUAAAUAGAUAUAUAAAAUAUUUAAAUAAUAAUCAUCUUUAUACAAUAAAUGAAAAUAAUGAUAUAAAUAUAGAAUUAGAAAAAGCAGUUACUGUAACCAUUAACGGAUAUUUAUAUUUAGACAAAAAAAGCAAUAAAUUAUUACAUGUUCAGGAUUUUGGGUUAUUCUUUCCAAAAUUUUAUUUUAAAAAAUGCAUAAAUUUAUUAACAAGUCAUAAUUUAUUUGUACAAAUAGAAUUUGGAAUUAACCAUGUUCAUAAUUUUGCUCAAAUAAAAAAUUUAUUUAAUUUUAUUGAAUUAGAAUUAAUAUUAAACUCGUAUUUCCAUUUAGGAAAUGGUUAUUAUUCCAGCACAUCAAUCAUAUUAAAAAAGUUUAUUUAUAUGAACAAUCAAAAUGUUACUUUUAAUGAGAAAGAUAAUAACAUAUAUAUAUAUAAUGAAUUUAAUAAAGACAAAUAUAAUGUGGAUAAUUUGCUAUUUUUUGAAGAUGAAAUAAUAGGAAGUAAAGAGGAUGAUGAUUUUCAAAAAAAUAAUUCAAACAAUAUUCACAACUUGGAUAUCCUAAAUUCAUUUGAAGAAAAAUAUGCAGAUAAUAUUAAACUCAACCCUUUUGAUGAUAAAACUAUUAUAUUAAUUUUAAUGGUAAAAAUAUUAACAGAAACAAAAAUUACGGUAAUAAAAGAAAAAAUUAUUAGCCUGUUAAUAAAACCUGUCUAUUCAAAAUCGCUAGAUGGAUUUGAAUAUAAAGAACAUAAAUUAAUACAAAAUGAAUUAGUCGAUAUUUUAGGAGAAUCUUAUAGCAAUUCAAAUAAUUAUUUCAAAAGAAGGACUUUUGGUUUUGGAUCAAAAAUAAAUAAAAAAGAUAUAGAAGAAUUGGAAAAAAUAACUCCAAUUGGAUAUAAAUUAAUACAAAUAGCUUUUAAAAGUUAUAAUUUUAUUUCAAUAAAUGAUAGAAAAAAUAUAUAUUCUGGUAGUCAAAUGUUUUCCUUAUUUCAAAAUAGAUUACAUUAUCUUAAUAAUUGGGAUGCUAAAAUAUUAUUUAUUAAAAAAAUUGAAUCACAAAAUAUUAUAGAAAAAAAAUAUAAUGUUUAUUCAUAUCCAGAGGAAGGGUGUAAUAAUUGGCUAGUUACAUGUUGUAUUAUUAUUAUUUUAUUAAUUAUUUUAUUAUCUUUUAUAUUAUAUCGAUAUGUGUUAAAUGAUAAAUUUAAUUUGGCCCAAAUUAUGAAAAACUGGAAAACAAACAAAAAAAAAAAAAAACUAAAAAAAUAUUCUUAUAUUAAUUACAAUUCCUAUUAUAAGUACAAUUAUUCGAAACUUGGUUUGAAUAAAAGAAUGAGGGAUAGUAGAAGUAUUGACAGAAAAGAACUAAGACAAUUGAUAAGAAAAAACAGAAAAAAACAUAGUUCCUAUUACAACUAUAAAGACAGAGAGGCACAAAAGACCAAACAACAUUUAGACAAAAAUGAAGACAAUUCCAGUAAAAAUUUUUUUCGUGAAGAAAUUCAAACAAGUUACCAAGUUUAA